GAGUAUUAUUUUGUGUGAUAAGGAGAAAUAUUUCAUUAUUCUUUGUACAAAUUGCGUAUCAAACUAUGCACCAAGCGCUCCGAUACAACAAUUAGUGUCAGCUGAACGAUGCAAAAGCAAGAAGAGGUCACAAUUCGCCUCAAGAAGAUCUUCGACAUAUUCCUGAAUGGCAACUUUACCACAACCGACAAUGUUUACUUUGAAAAGCUCAUAUCGCAUUUGCAGUCUAAGGAGAAUGCGUUAUUGCUGCAAAUGCCGUUUGUCAUCGAUUGGGUGGACAAAUGCCUGACACUGAUCAGCGCCGACUUUCACAGAGUACAUCCAAAGGUGAUAUCGUUCAUGCUGAAUCUGAUCAGCUUUAUGACGUCAAAUGAGUGGAUGGUGUUACGGCUCCGCGAGCUGGACAUUAUGCAUAGAGUUGUGUUCUUUAUGCAGGCGCAGGAACGCAAUUUUAGUCCAUCGAUAAAGCUGAGUGGGAUACGGGUGAUGAAAGCGGUCACCAAGUACAGCAUGGGACUGGCCUUUCUGCGGAUGCAGCGCACCUGGACACUGCUCAUCCACUACAGCAACAACGAGCACACAUUGUAUGUGGUGCGCGAGGCGCGUCAGUUGCUCUACGAGAUGCUGUACAAAUUCUGUGACAAAAUGCAGGAUGAGGCUGUCACAUUGGAAAUUCUCGCUGAGAUUAUGAAGCCGAUACAUGAUAAUGUUUAUAAACCGGAUUAUAUCAAUAAUGAGAAUGCCAGUGGCGGCGGAGGAGGAGAAGGAAAUGAGGAGGAGCGCAUCCAUGUCAGCGUAGAUGAUCAUGAGCUGUUGCACAAGAUUUCCGCAACGAUUGAUCUACUCUGUUAUAUACUGCAGCAGACGCUGGUCAGCGAGGAGCGUACAAAAAUUGUGUCACUGUUGCGCGAACAUCAUGAUCUGGAGUUCAACAUUUGGAAACUGGUGGAGAUGACGCAUAAUACGUACUUCACCGAAAAGAUGCUGAACACAUUGUGCAGCUAUCAUUUUGCCGUGGUGGUGCAUGAGAAAAUCCUGAAUCCCAAUUGUGCUGAGCCGCCGGAAAAUUUCACAGAAUUUGGCUUAUCCUUUUUCAAUCUGAUGAAAUUCUGCAUACAGCGCUACGAUGCCAUCAAUUUCGUCAAAAUGGCCGAACUGCAUCACAUACUGUGGAAGAAGCUGGGCACACGGGCGCCCAAAGAGAUCAUCAUUCUGGACGAGCGAGUCGCCUUUGAGAAUCAAUUGAUUUGCUUUCAUAUGGCACCGCUGCUCUUCUCCAUGAAGUUUGCCAUGAAAAUGGCCGAUGAUUCCGAGAGUGAACUCUUCGAUACGUACGUAAAGAAACUGCUCGAAAUGUCCUGCGAGCAGACGCUUCGCUUGUGCUAUAGCCUCCGCGAUUCGUUCAUUACUCCAGAGGGGUAUACAAAUUACAAUUUGUUUACGCCGGAGCUGGCCAGAAAGUGUGUGCACAGCAUACUCUCGCUGGAGCACAUACUGGAUCGGGAGCAGGCGGUUACUGUCUGUCAGGCGCUGCUCUACGCUUUGCGUGAGGUUGUCGCAUUGAAUAACAUUAAUAUGCCCACGGAUCCGGAGGAUUGCCAUGGCCCAACUACCUCAAAUAAUUAUGUGGACAUCUAUCCACGCGGCUCGGAGGCCAUCAUCAAAGAUCCAAAAGUUAUGCAUUCCGUGAUGGUUGGCCUGCGUACGCUGAUCGAACGUUUCAAGAUCACGUGGAAGGAGUCCGUGGAGACCAUUGGCCUGGUCAACUGCCUGGCCUUUGUCCUGGAGAACUGCAAUAUGGAUGUGCCGUGCACCGUUCAGGCCCUGAAACUGGUUCAGCUGUCUGUGGAGCACUUUCUGUCGCCGAACAUGGCGCUGCUGGUGGACAAUCUGCAGGGCUCCGCUUUGGUUUGUCUGGGCCCUAUCAUUGUGAAGCGGAUGCACGAUAUAGCUUGGGAGGUGCGCGACUCUGCACUAGAACUGACAACAUCCAUUGCCUGUAUCUCACGCAUAAAGUUUCCCGCAUUCCAACAAUUUCUGAUCGAUGUGAAAAUACCACCGAUUAUCUAUGAGAUGGCCAAGCAUGAUAGUGAGCCAUAUGUGCGAGCCUCCGCCUACAAAUGCCUGUCCAAAAUGGUGCCGAUCAAUGCGCUGUGGGAGAAUGGACUCAGUCAAUUGGAUUUGGUGGAUCAUUUAUUGUACGUACUUUAUCGUGAGAACGAGGAUAUUGUGCGCUCCGAGGCCAUAUUGACAUUAUCGCUGAUCUAUGAUCAUCGCAAAAUACCGACUAAGUACAAGAAUACGCUUUUCUCAACGCUCAACUAUUGCGUCGUCGGCGACCAUCAUUGGGAGGUGAAGGUGAAUGCUCUGUGCUUUUGGCGCAUGGAGUUCAGUCGUCAGUUGAACAAUCAGGGCAUGCUCGAUGGCGUCUUUCCCAGCGUCACCUUCUCUAAGGAGCACAAAAAGAUUGUCACACUAACGGAACGUGAGAUCAAAUUGCGCGUUGCCAAAGUGCUAACCGAAGUCCAAAAAUAUGGCUAUUAUGGUAUUAUACUGCAUUGUCUGCGCGAAGAAUAUGCCAUCGAGGUCCUCAAAAUAAUCAUCAACGGCAUCAAGGUAAUGAACGAGAAACUGAAUGAAUACGACUUUCAGAUCAUCUUAAGUGAUAUCGAAUCGCUGACAACGUCCGUGAAUAGCAUCGACAACAGCCUGCCAUUUACGCCAGAUCAACCCAUGUCUGUGGAGCCGGACGAGGAUGAGGCUUCUUCCAUUAUAAAUGCCGAGCAGGCAGAUGAUGUUAUCGAAUCUAUUUUAAAUGCUCAGGAUGUGCAGCUCUUGGAGAAGACAUUUCAAUCGCAAAUGCAAAUUAAUUGUGCAGAAACACAGAAGCGUCAUAUUGAUGAGUUCUACUACAAACAGUUUGCGGUCUCCGUCCGCGAAUGGCGGGACGAAAUUGCCAAAUUUGAUUUGGAUAAAUUACUCAAACAGCAGGAGGAGUGGUUCGAUAGCAAUGAUAAUUUGGUCUGUCUCUUGGAUGACAUACUGAACGUGAUAAGGCGUAAUGAUGAUAUGACAUCCGAUUGUUAUUAGUUAACUCUAGAGAGCUUUGUGAUUUCAAACUCUUUUCAAUACGUUUUUAAGUUACGCAUGUUCUGAAAUAAUAAUAAAAUAAAAUAAUUUGAUUUAUUAGAAA